AGGAAAGGAUUACUCGCGCCUUGUUAGAAUCAGACAUGGCUUCAGGGGAUGCAGGACGCUCACCUGAGCUGCCUGUCACCCACUAAGUGGAGCAGUGUUUCUUCCGCAGACUCAACUGAGAAGUCAGCCUCUGGGGCAGGCACCAGGAAUCGGCCUUUUCAGUAAGACCUAAAUUACUCUUAUGAAGCCAACUGUCUCUGAGAACCAGCAAUGGCAGCUUCUUGAAGGAUGUAGAACAUGAUGCUUGGGGUUCUGUCUCCGGCAGGCUUUGAGGAUGAAGGCUGCGGGCAUUCUGACCCUCAUUGGCUGCCUGGUCACAGGCGCCGAGUCCAAAAUCUACACUCGCUGCAAACUGGCAAAAAUAUUCUCAAGGGCUGGCCUGGACAAUUACUGGGGCUUUAGCCUUGGAAACUGGAUCUGCAUGGCGUAUUAUGAGAGCGGCUACAACACCACGGCCCAGACGGUCCUGGAUGACGGCAGCAUCGACUACGGCAUCUUCCAGAUCAACAGCUUUGCUUGGUGCAGACGCGGAAAGCUGAAGGAGAACAACCACUGCCAUGUCGCCUGCUCAGCCUUGAUCACUGAUGACCUCACAGAUGCAAUUAUCUGUGCCAGGAAAAUUGUUAAAGAGACACAAGGAAUGAACUAUUGGCAAGGCUGGAAGAAACAUUGUGAGGGCAGAGACCUGUCCGAGUGGAAAAAAGGCUGUGAGGUUUCCUAAACUGGAACUGGACCCAGGAUGCUUUGCAGCAACGCCCUAGGAUUUGCAGUGAAUGUCCAAAUGCCUGUGUCAUCUUGUCCCGUUUCCUCCCAAUAUUCCUUCUCAAACUUGGAGAGGGAAAAUUAAGCUAUACUUUUAAGAAAAUAAAUAUUUCCAUUUAAAUGUC